CGUGAGUUCGUGAAAAAGUUUACAGAUCGCAUUUUUAACAAAAAAAUUUUGAAAAUUUUAAAAAAACAGAAAAAAUUACAAAAACAAAAAAUAAACACAACAACUGGAAAAAUAUCACACGAAGAAAUAGAAAAAAGAGUAAAAACAAGUUUUGUUGUUUCGUUUAUAACAAAAAUAUUUUUUAACAAUAAUAAACUUUUUUCCUACAACUUACUCACUUGGAUUAUUAUUCUACAUAAAUUUUUUUUUGGGAAAGGUAUGGCAGAUCAUCGUCACAUAAACAAAACGUGAGCGCAAAUAAAAUCGCGUCUAUUUGAAUAUGAAUGGCAAUGAAUCAGUAAAUACAGCUAACACCGUUUAGAAGCAAAUAUUAAUCGUAUUUUUACAUCACUUACAACUUAAUCGGGUAAUAUACUAUUUACCGAGAAAGAGAGAGAAAAAAGAUAGACAAAAGAGAGAAAAAAGCCCAACUAAACACAAUUACAAAAGUAUUAAUACAAAUAUUUUUAACGUCAUGAUUAAUCCCCCUAAUACCAAUAGUAUUAAUAUUAAUAACAUAAUGGAAACAUAUGAUGAUAGACCGAUAAGUAUGUAUGACAAUCUAAAUAAUAUGACCACAAAUAUGAAUGCAACAGCAAUAACAACGGUGGCGGCGAUCAACAGUAACACACCUAAAAUGACAAAAGCGCCAACAAUGGCAAACACAAAUGCAACAACAUUAACAGCAACACCACCACCACCAACGUCAUCGAAAACAAAUGGAGCAGCACAUUCAACGCCCUUUACAGAUAUUACAUUUAAAUUUAAUGAAAACAAUAAUAUACCACAAUUGAAACUACAACAACAACAAUUGCCAAUAAAUGGCAAUCGGAACUUGAAUGAAAUACCUCCCAAUACAGGUAAUAAUGCAGCUGUAUAUGCGACUCCAUAUAAAACAUCAGCUGCUAUAAAGCCAGUAAUAACCACCGCAUCACCAACACCUCUAACUGCACAGCAAGAACAACAACAACCACUGCACUCUCCACCAGAUAUAACAACAACCAUAACAAAUACUUUAACGUCAUCACCUUCGUUAUUACAUACUAAUGCAACAAUACCAGCAACAACAACAAUAUUAACACCACCAACAUCAGCAACAGUAGCUAUAAACUCAGAUACAUUCAAUAGUUUUAAUCGACCGCUUAGUCAACAUUCACAAUCGGAACUAAACGAUACAAGUCAUAGCAUUGCUGCAGUGAAAGCAGCUCUAAAUGAAGCUAAAUCAAAAUUCUUUGGCUUAAAUGGUUAUGCCUCAUCACAGUUUCAAGAUCAUCAACAUAAUAAUUACGACGACGAUAACUACACUGAAGAAUCUCCAAAUCAUCAAUUACUGCCAUUAGAUGAACAACAACAAUCAAUUCCGUUCACACAUCAAGUUCAACAACAACAAGUACAAAAACCCCAACCAAAAUAUCAAAAUAUACCAGAAAAUAGUGCAAUAUUUCGUAAUCAAAGUGCUGGAGUACCGGCUGCUCCGCCUCCCGAACUGCCACCAAAACCCAUUGAAUAUCAAAAUCUACAACAACCCACAGCAUCAACAAGUUCACAUACUACACCCGAUCACUUUAGGAAAAUGCCAGCUGGAACAGCGAGUUAUAAUCAAAUAUCGUUGAACGAUAUUGAUACUUCAGCUUCUCGAUCACAGACCGUCUAUAUGGCCACAACAGUACCACAAAAUAUUAAAGGUAAUAAAAUCGCUGGACGACAUACACCGACAAGAAGCAGUUUGCGACAUAGUCGAAUGCUGGUGGUAAACAAUAAAAGUUAUGAAGCAGAAGUACAACAUCCCAAUCCCAUGGGUUUUCAACAGCCAAAUCUUGCCCGUUGGUUAUUAAUAUUACAAAUUAUUAUUGGUAUUUUAUUGUUAAGUCUAUCGACAUGGAUAUUUUUCCUAACACCAAAUACACCAGUACAAGAUAACCCCUAUUGGUGUGGUUUAGUGUUGUUAAUGACGGGUAUUAUAGGCUUAAUAGUGAUACGUUAUCAACGUAUUAAGCGAGCUAAAACUCGAGAGCAUUGUUUUAUGUUUUUACGUAUGGAUUCCUAUGUACUUUCUUUGCUGUCCGUUUUACUCUGCUGUGUGGCUUUAAUAUUUGCCGCCAUACAUUAUUGUCGUCUCUCUGCAGCGGAUACAAAAUGUAAAAGUAUGAAUCUUUUGCAGGAACAUGGUUCAUGUAUUUGCACUUUUAAUGCUCCAAUGCCAACAGUAAAUGCAACAGAACCCUUGUUAAACGAAACUUCCUACGAAGAAGAUGAGGAAAUAACGGAUAAUAGUUAUAAUGUUGAAUAUCGUGACUUAAGUUGCCAAGAAGUUACCGGACCUUGGACCUCUAUAUUGGGUCUAUCUUUUUUACUUAAUUGUUUGGGCUUUGUUAUUUCUUUAGCUUAUAUUAUUUUAUUAGCCUGUUGUCGAAAGUCUUCGAAACGUAUUUAUACAACCGUCCGUACAAGUACCUUUUAAGUUUAAAUUUAAUUUUAAUUAGUUUUAACACAGACACACACAUAAAAUAUUAAUUUAGUUUUACAAAAAUUGAAUUUAAUUAAAAAAAUGAUUUUAAUAUUUAUAAUUUGUUUUUACAA